AUGGAGUCUCGCUGCCGGCUUUGGCCAUGGGCAUUAUUUGUCCUCCUGGCUGCCCCGUGGCCGGCGGGCACGCAGCGAGCCUGCUCCCAGGGAGCCUGCUACCCCCCCGCCGGAGACCUCCUGCUGGGACGAGCCCACCACCUGAGAGCAUCCUCCACCUGUGGCCUCACCAAGCCCGAAACUUACUGCACGCCCCACGGAGAGUGGAGCAUGAGAUGCUGCAGGUGUGACUCGCGGCUGCCACACGCCUACAACGGCCACCGCGUGGAGAACGUCCUGUCCUCCGCCGGGCACUCGCGCUGGUGGCAGUCCCAGAACGGCAUCGAGCGUGUCUCUGUGCAGCUGGACCUGGACCAGACAUUCCAGCUCAGCAGCAUCCUGCUUCACUUCAGGUCACCACUACCUGCUGCAAUGCUGAUUGAGCGCUCCACGGACUUCGGCAAGACCUGGGAGGUCUACCAGUACCUGGCCUCCGACUGUGCCGCCACCUUCCCCCACAUCCCCCGGGGCUCCCCUGAGAGCUGGCAGGACGCUCGCUGCCAGGCGCUGCAGGGCUACCCUUUGCCUGGGGGCAAGGUGAAAUUUAGUGUCCAAGACCUGGCAUCUACCAUCACUACCUCUUACAGCCAGACUGUCGAUAAGCUUGGACAGUUCACCAACUUGCGGAUCAACUUCACCGAGCUCCCCCACAUUGCGCGCCAGGGCUACCACUCACCCAGCACCUUCUACGCCAUGACCGAGAUGCGGGUGCUUGGGAGCUGCUUCUGCCACGGACACGCCAACCGCUGUGCCCCUUCGGGAGACCUGCACGCUGCGGUCCACGGGCACUGCGUGUGUCAGCACAACACCGCUGGUCCCAACUGUGAUCGCUGCGCCGCCCUCUACAACGACCGGCCGUGGGCACCUGCAGAGGACGACGAUCCCCACGAGUGCCAGAGGUGCAACUGCAAUGGUCACUCAGCCUCAUGCCACUUCGACCCGGAGCUGUACCGCGCCAGUGGAGGGGCGAGCGGGGGCGUCUGUGACAACUGCCAGCACAACACUGAAGGCAACAACUGUGAGCGCUGCAAAACUAACUAUUUUCGCAACCAGCAGCAAGGUCUCGCCCAUCCUGAAGCCUGUCUGCCCUGUGAGUGCGACCCGGACGGCACUGUGCCGGGCUCCAUCUGCGACCCGCUGACAGGGCGCUGCAUCUGCAAGGAGAACGUGCAGGGGGACCGCUGCCACCUCUGCAAGCCAGGCUUCGCCCAGCUGGCCAAUGCCAACCCCAUGGGGUGCCGCAGAUGCACUUGCAACGUGCUGGGAAUGCGGCAGGACAUGCCCUGUGAUGAUGAGACGGGGAGGUGCUUCUGCCUGCCCAACGUGGUGGGCAACGACUGUGACCAGUGUGCAGCCGAGCACUGGGACAUGGGGAGCGGCCGGGGCUGCCCGCCCUGCGGCUGCCACCCUCACGGCUCCCGCAGCCCCCACUGCAACCAGUUCACAGGACAGUGUCCGUGCAGAGAAGGCUUCACGGGACGGACGUGCUCUGCCAUGCAGGAGCAGGUUUGCCCAGACAGGCACUAUGGAGACGGCCGGGUAGGGUGCACAGAGUGUGACUGCGACUUCCAGGGCACGGAGGACGUGGGGUGUGACAAGACCACAGGCCGAUGCCUCUGCCGCCCUGGUGUCACGGGCCUCCGCUGCGACCAGUGCCAGCGGGGCCACUGCAACACCUACCCCGGCUGCGAGCUGUGCCACCCCUGCUUCCGUGCCUACGACGGGGACAUCCAGCGCCUGCGCCUGCGCCAGGCCGGCCUCAGCAACUCCACCUCCCGGCUGCCCCCGGGGAGCGGGGGGUCCCGCUUCAGCCCCCGCCUCUUGCAGGCGGAGGGCAACGUGCAGCAGGCACAGGGCAUCCUCAGCCGUGCUCCCGCCACAGAGCAGAGCCUGGCCCAGGUGGACAGCAUGCUCACUGCGAUCAGAGAGCAGGUCCGGGGUAUAAAUCCUGACCUUCAUUUUCUGGAUGAGAGUGCCUCUCUAUCGAGGGAGCUUGAAGCCCUCAACAACAGCUUGCUUAUCACUAACACCCAGUAUCAGAGCAAGAAGACCCAGUUUGAAACCAGCCGCAGCACGGAUCUGUCAGGAGCCUUCAAGACAAUCAGAUCUGCUUACCAGACCUCCACCAAUGCCAGCAGCCUCGUCGCCGGCGCCUCUGGGCUGCUGGCCGAGUCCCGGGAGAGCCGCAGGAGUGCCAUGGGGCUGGAGGGGGGGCUUGCGGAGUCCACCGCCAAGCUGCUGACCCUGAAGGGCGAGAUAGCCUCAUCUCCCAACCUGACCCCUGUCAUAAACAAGAUCUGCGGUGGCUUCCAAGCAGAGACGUGCACGCCUGCCCGGUGCGAGGGGCUGCUCUGCCCUCGGGACAACAGCACUGCCUGCGGGGCCGGCCGGCCCUGCCACGGCAUCUUCCCCCUGUCGAGCGGGGCCCUCGCCGCGGCCGGGGAAGCCUUUUUUUUUAAGAGUGCAUGGAAAGGUAAAAUUAAAAUGACAGAGACAUCUGCAAAUCAGAUUCAAAGCAAUACUCGUCGGCUUGUGGACCAGAUGAGCGUAACAAGGACCCAGAUAGAAGGAGAUGUCCGGCGCAUCCAGCAGUUCAUCCAGCAAGUCCGAAACUUCUUGUCAGACAAGGACACGGACCCUGCCACUAUCCAGGAAAUCAGUGAGUCUGUUCUCUCCCUGCGUCUCCCCACGGAUGCUGCCGCAGUCCUGAGAAAAAUGACCGAGAUCCAAAAUUUGGCGACUAAGCUGCAGUGCCCGGAGAGAAUACUUGCCCAGACAGCUGAGGACAUUGCUAGGGCCAAGCAGCUGCAGCAGGAGGCAGAACAAGCCAGGAACCGGGCGAAUGCCGUGGAGGGCAGUGUGGAAGAGGUGGUCGGGAAUCUGCGACGAGCGAACACGGUGCUCCUGGAGGCCCGGGAUGCUAUCAGGGGCUCCGGCUCUUCCCUCCGGUUCAUCCAGGAGCGCGUUGAUGAAAUUGAGGCUGUUCUGGGUCCAGCUGAGAAGAACGUGAAGUCCAUCGCGAGCCAGCUGGACGGGCUGAUGGAGAGGCUGUCGCAGCUGCAGCACAGAGUGGACCAGAACCGCCUGCGGGCCACCGACGCGCAGCAGACAGCCGAACAGGCGGGCGAGCAGGCCAGGAGCGCGCAGCAGGCUUUCGAACAAGUGAAACAAAUGUAUGCUGAGCUGAAGAGAAGGAUGGAGCAGAGCCCGGCUCUGGGAGAGCAGGGCAGAAGGGUGCAAAGCAUAGACCUGGAGGCACAGGCUCUGUUUGAGGAAACUUUGGCCACGAUGCUCAGGAUGGAAACUUUAGAGAUGGAAAUUCAGGAAAGCAACAAGGCUUUGAUGUCCAAGUCGUCCAAACUGUCGGACCUGGAGGAGCGGGUGGGAAGGAUCCGGGAUGCCAUCAACAAGCGAGUCGCCUACUAUGAGAGCUGCUCCUGA